AUGUCAGCCCCAACAGAAGAAGCAUUAAAAAAUUUGCAAUUGGAGUCAGAAGAGACUCCAAAAUCCGAGGGAAAUGAUGUGACUCCAGAGUCGCAAGCAGUGGUAGAAGACGCUACAGCUGCUAAGAAGAAGAAGAAGAAGAGCAACAAGAAGAAAGGAAUUGUCUACAUCAACAACUCCUACCCAGAUAAUGUAUUCCCCGAAGGUGAAUGGAUGGAGUACCCUCUUGAGGUCAACAGCUACCGUACCACUGAUGAAGAGAAGCGUUAUUUGGAUAGACAGCAGAACAAUAGAUGGCAAGACUUCAGAAAGGGUGCGGAGAUUCACAGAAGAGUACGUGCCAAAGCUCGCCAAAACAUUCGUCCAGGUAUGCUGAUGUUGGAGGCCGCAGACCUCAUUGAAAAUUCCGUGCGUAAGUACACUGGCAAUGACCACACCUUGAAGCAGGGUAUCGGAUUCCCUACCGGUCUCUCUGUUAAUCAUAUCGCUGCACACUAUACUCCUAAUUCUACCGACAAGCAAAUUGUCAAGCAGGAUGAUGUCAUGAAGAUUGAUAUUGGUGUUCAUGUCAACGGUCGCAUUGUAGACUCUGCAUUUACGCUUACUUUCGAUGACAAGUACGACAGUCUUUUGACUGCAGUCAGAGAAGCUACCUAUACUGGUGUCAAGGAGGCUGGUAUCGAUGUUCGUUUGAACGACAUCGGUGCUGCUGUUCAAGAGGUUAUGGAGUCCUACGAGAUGGAGCUCAAUGGUAAGACCUAUCCUAUUAAGUGCAUCCGUAAUUUGAACGGUCACAACAUCGGCGAUUAUGUCAUCCACUCUGGAAAAACCGUGCCGAUUGUGGCAAAUGGUGACAUGACCAAGAUGGAAGAAGGUGAGACCUUCGCCAUUGAGACCUUCGGUACCACUGGUAACGGUUAUGUCAUUGGACAAGGUGAAUGUUCGCACUAUGCCUUGAAUCAGGAUAUCGACAACAUCCCUCUUUCAACCCAAAGCGCCAAAAAUUUGGUCAAAUCGAUCAAGUCGAACUUCGGAACAUUGCCAUGGUGCAGAAGAUAUCUCGAACGUGCUGGAGAGAGCAAUUAUCUUUUGGCUUUGAACCAAUUGGUGAGAGCUGGUGUUGUUGAGGAUUAUCCUCCAUUGGUGGACGUCGCAGGAAGCUACACUGCCCAAUUCGAGCACACUAUCUUGUUGCAUCCACACAUGAAGGAGGUUGUGUCUAAGGGAGAUGACUUCUAG